CGGCCGCAGCAGGAGCGAGAAAGAGAAAGGUCUUCCUGGGCUUGAAAUUGGGUCGAUGCUGGGGAUGCAGUGUGGACAUGGACGGGCUUUAUAUCGAAUCACGCUUUCUCGGUUCGGCAGCUGGUCGUCUUCUCUCCACAAAAGUUUCUACAUACGCAACGAGCCAGAAGAACAUCACCCCGACUCCUCAGGCAUCAACACCAUCACCACGUGAAGGAGAAUCACAACCGACGAGCAAAACGACGACCAACGCCGACGAGCAGCAAGCAUUGCUGGCUCAGCUGAGCGGCAACAGCUUCGAUGCACUUGUUUACCGCUCCCGCUCUAUUGUUCGAACGAUAGUAUGGACUCAAAUGCGAAACUUCGUGCGACGGCUGCUGUUCGGUCAACGCUACGCAGAUAUUUACUACCUGGACCACAGCGACUGUCCGUGGCUUCGAGGGCCCGACGCCAUCCCCGCCUCGGAUCGAACCGUGGUGACACAAGUUCUACGGAGCGGUUACUUGAGCCAGAUCUAUCCAGGUGUCAUAGUUCCUAACAUGAUUCUCGACAAGGUCAAUGGCAAUGCGGAUGCAGCACAGUUCCCAGAGCUACUGAAGCACUGCCGCAGCCUAGAAUUUCGUGUGCCUUGGCAGCCGGCCGUACAAGAAAAAAUCUAUCGUGGGGGUACUUCAUCUGCGGGAACCAGAAAGAAACGAAGGAGACGAGGUGGGUCAGUUACCACGACUGAUGGCGCCGGGAACAACGAUGAAAUAGAGGGAGGUGAGGGUGAAACCGAAGGUCAGGAACAAGCAGUGCCCAAGAAACCGCGAAAAAUGUCAAGUGCUUUCAUGCUAGCUCGAGCCCAAAUGUUUGAAAAACACGCCACGGUGCCGAAUAUUGAAGCAAUCAAGAGCAAAGCCGGUGCAUUAGAAAGACGGGAAGGUCCUUCUACAAAAUCUACCUCCAAAACCACGGAUGGUGCUGAAUCACCUGCUGCUUCGAGGCCUGCCGUUGAAGAAGAGGACACCUACCCGAAGAAAAGCACAUCUAAGAAAGUUGAGGCUGAAGCUAAAGGGACAAGGGACGAAGGCAGGAGCAGAACAUCUACAGUGGACGACUAUGCCUAUGGUAACCACGAUCAGAAUAAGAAGGCAAGUCCAACAAGAAGGGUUGGAGGAACAAAAAACGACCAAAAGACUGCAGAACAGGAUGAUCAUGAUGGUUUUCUGUCAGUCGAUGAGGAGGAAGAAGAGACACAGCUGCCACGAAGCGAAGAUCAUGCUCCACAUGUCGAUCCUCGAUACCAAGGCUUGUUCGCCGAAACGUCUACCGGCGCAGAAGUUGUUGUAUCUCCUGUAGCGCCACAGAAGACGAAUAAGAAGAUGAACAAUGCACGCUCUGAGGGUGAAGCUGCAUUCUUGGCUGAUCAAGCUGAUGAUGCGGCCAGGCAUCACCUGAUGGACGCAAUUGCAAUGUAUGGAGGUCAAGCUGAGUUUGAACGACCAACGCUAACUACGCAUGAAAUCUCUCCUAAAACAAGAGAUUCGAAACUCGAGCCACAUCGUUCUAAUAAGAACAACAAGAACAACACGGACCUUGUUCAUUCGAAUGCUUACGCUGUUGCAGCUGCAAGUGAAAAACAAGUCAUGAACAUGAAGAUGAAAAAUAAUGUGAGGACUCCUUCUCCCACUCCCACAGCCGAAGACUCUAUAUCCGUGCCUAAGCAUGAAUACGACAAGUUACUUGCCAGCCAUCAGAGGCUGCAGGCAGAACACAAGCAACUGCGAAGAGAGCGAGCUACGCAGACUAGAGUCCUAGCGCAAAUGACGCAAAUGUUGCGCGAAAUGGAGUACAAUUAUGAACAAGCCGCGGCCCUUUUGCGGGAGCUCCAGCAGAUGGAGCCUUCAUCCGCGGCGGUAUCACCAGACGCUUCGCCAGCGCUCCAGCAUUUGAUCACCCAUGCUUCUCGCUGCUCUAGUGGCGGUCGUGGUGCGCCGAAGACGACAUUUCAGAAUGCGAACCAGAAGCAGAACUUCUCACCUUCACCACGUAUAAAGGAUGUAACGACCCGGUCUACUGAAGUAGGCUUGUCUCCGGCUGAAGACGAAAGCCCACAUCAAUCUGUUAUGACAGUCGUCCAACCAGGUGGUGGUCCGACCUCACAGAACAACUCCACCUUCGUGUCUGAAAACAUACCAACAACCUCUCCACCUCCUGUUUACAACAGCGUGCGAUCUAGAACUCCGAUCGACAUUCUCAUCGAAUCACGGGCUAGAGAUCUGCGGGAACUAGCAGACUGUUUGUCAUUCGCAGUUGGUGGAACAAGUGGACGAGAAGAAUUCGGCGAAGGCGGAGUAGGAUAGCAUGGUAUACAAGAGUAACGAUCCGUUUCCGUCAUCCCCAGUGAGUUUCACGCCGACCGUUUUUGUCUAUUCUAUGUUAUGAAAAUGUAUCUUCACUAGAAGUAGCUUGUUGAUUACUAGCAAAAAGUCACCUCGUCCUACUUUGAAUUUAUUGAUGAAUUUCCGUAAUGCUUGCGUUGAGAUCGUUAUUGCUAAAUCUACUAUCAGUGACUACAAGAUUCUUGUCAAAAUUUCACUCGUGUGCUAAAGUCUUCUCUUGUGCUUUUUCUGGUUUGAACAGGAUUGCAGAGCUAAUAUGGUUUCCGGCCUAGAAAUAAAAAGUGUAAACUUUGCUACCAAAUAAGUUACCUUAGUUGAACAGGAACAGGAUGGCGGUCCGCCUGAGUAAGUACUUAGUAUGGUCUAAUAUUCAGGUAUUUCUUCUUUUGCUCGUGAGAAUGCAGACGAAGAUUUCUGAUUGAGCCAGUGCCAGUAUGACGAACGUGAAACCACCCCGCACCCUCGGGUGUGAUGUGCAUAUGUAAAGAGCUCGAUAUCGAUAACAAUGUUUUCCCUUUUGCGAGAAUCCUGCUCAGAUCAUCAACGAGG